UCUGUUUAUUCUGUUGUUUUCUUGCAUAUCUCGCUGUAUAACCCACCGUAAUUGUCGCCGUUCACUUCGAAAAAAAAAAAUUGUUUCUCUCAUUUUCUCUCAUUAGAGUUUUCAAAGACAAAUUUUCAUACCUUUCUCUCCUUCUCUACCAUUCUUUCCCUCGUUUUCCCGGAAAAUUUUGAGAGAGGUUAGUCGACAUCAUUACAACUUCUCUCUAACAUUUCCGAGGAAGUUAGGGAGGGGAUGGGGGCCGAGAAAAUAAGAGACAUCUCCUUUUUCUAAGCUUAACAGAGACAAAAAGGAAAGUAAAGGAAUCCAGUUCAUGUUAUAAUGUUUUCUUCUGGCUCAUUCCUAUGAAUCAAAACAAAAAAAUAAAAAAAAAAUGAUUCUCGUUUCCCGAGAAAAAAACGUAUGGAGACAGAGAGGAUGUGUCAGCUUUCUUCAGAUAAACGAAUUGUGUCAAUUGCUGUUUUAAGUACCUAAAAAUCUUGAUAGAGAUAAAAAAAAGCGACGGGAUAUGGAUUUUGACAUGGAGGAAUUUUUUAUUGAGCCAUUUUUGGCUGGAGAAAUCGAUAUUGAUUACGAGUUUGAUGCAGCUAAAUAUUACGAUUUCACCAGGCAAGAAACUGAUCUUGAGGCUCAAGAAGCUGAGCGCUGGUUCGAAACCGCAGGACGUAAUCUUCCCUCGCGAUUAGAAUCAUAUCGUCAAGCUAAAACCUCACCAACGAAGUUAGUCCCAUCAAAACAUUUAAAUUUCAUGAAUCCUACAGCAAGUCAGUUGGCAAAGCAAAAUUCCCCUCCACAAAUUCACGGUGACAGAUUACUCAGAAGGUGUCAGAAGUUCUUAAAAGAUGAGAUGAAGGGUUCUCGAAGUUCUUCUAUGAAUGGAACCCAGGCUACCAAAAGGCAAAAGCUCGAGGCUGGUUAUUUAUGGAAGGCUGCUUGCUUGAAGCAUCAAGCUCUUUUUUCUCACAAGACCCCUAAAGUUACAAUUCCAAGAGAACCUAACCUGGAAACAUCUUUGAGGGCAGAAAGACAUAGGUUCAGGAUUAAUUUGGAGUCUAUUGAAAAUACAAAAUCAGAUGCUUGUAACUUUAAAGCAAGACCAUUGAAUAGAAAAAUUUUCAAGGCCCCUUCAGUUCCCCUCCCUAAAAAGAGCACCCCACAACCGCCAGAAUUUCAAGUGUUUCAUUUGAGGACAUCAGAAAGGGCAAUCCAGCAUACAGCUACAAACGCAGCAAACACACCUAAUUGUACCCGUACCCAACAGAAUGAAACAAUAAGUUCUAGGAGAGUAAACCAUGUUGCCGCAUUAAAGGAGAAAUUGGAAGCACUUGACAAAUUUAAAGCUCGCUGCCUUGAUAAAAAGGAAUGCAAUCUUCCAACCGAUAAAAGGUCAUCAAUUGAGCCGCCAAUAGAAUUUUUUAGUAAGCUCUCCCUGGCAUCUGAAAUCCACUCCAAUGCCCAGUCGCGAUCAAACAUACGGCAUCCUGAGGGCUCAAAGGAGAACGCACCAGGCUCUCUCCGCCUAGAACAUGAGAUAAAGAAUUUAGCUAAAGCAAAAAGGCCUAGUGGUAAUCAUUUUCAAUGUGGAAGCAAUCACACCGUGCCUUCAAUCAUACCUCAAAUCAGCAGCAGGACGCUCAGACGCUAAUAAAAAUCAUAGCAAGGCUCUUCCACAUUGUUGAAGUUUUGGCAAAUCCUGUAUAUGAGUUAUAUAUAGAUGUCCAACCCAAACCUAUAGGCGUUGUGUUCAUUAGCUUCCGGAGGAAAUUAUUCUUGACACUCAUCUGUAGAAAGUAAUUGGCCUGUAGAAUUUUGGAGACCGUGUACAGCAUUCUCCAUUAAAUUUUCUGCUGGCCUCAGCAUCCUUUUUCAA